CACCAAGGGAUCACACCUAUAACAGCAACGUUCGGCAUCAGACAACACAACACAACACAUCACAAUACAUUGGUGGAAGGCGUGUUCAUGUGUUGUGCCUGCCGCCUGUGUGGGCCCAGGAACACCACUCCAGAGUGAACUAUUAAGCAGCCAAAAUGGACUUUCAACACCGAGCUGGAGGAAAGACUGGAGGAGGAGGGCAGGCAUCAUGGUCAGAAAGCAACCGAGAUCGCAGAGAGAGGCUGCGUCAGUUAGCCUUGGAGACCAUCGACCUUAAUAAAGAUCCUUACUUUAUGAAAAAUCACUUGGGUUCUUAUGAAUGUAAGUUGUGCCUCACUCUCCAUAACAAUGAAGGAAGCUACCUGGCACACACGCAGGGCAAGAAGCAUCAGACCAACCUUGCCCGCCGUGCUGCAAAGGAAGCCAAAGAAUCCCCAGCUCAGCCUGCACCAGAAAAGCCUCGAGUUGAGAUGAAAAAAUUUGUCAAGAUUGGUCGUCCAGGUUACCGUGUCACCAAGCAGAGGGACCCUGAGACAGGACAACAGUCUCUCCUGUUCCAGAUUGACUAUCCAGAAAUAGCAGACAAUGUGGCUCCACGUCACCGAUUCAUGUCUGCGUACGAGCAGAAGGUGGAACCCCCAGAUCGUAAAUGGCAGUAUCUUUUGUUUGCUGCCGAGCCGUAUGAAACCAUUGCAUUCAAGGUCCCCAGCCGUGAAGUGGACAAGUCCUGGACAAUGUGGAACAAGGAAACCAAACAGUUUUUCCUGCAGUUUGCUUUCAAGGUUGAUCCCAAGGCUAAAAUGGUUCCUCCUGUACCUCCGCCACUCUCUGGCCCCCCAGGCCCACCAGGUCCACCAGGAAUGCCUCCUCCUCCUGGGCUGCCACCACGGCCACCUAUGAUGCCAUCUGGACCACCACCCCCAGGCAUGCCACCACCACCGGGCAUGCCUCCCCCAUCAACUCUCCGGCCUCCGAUGAGACCCAUGAUGCCUCCUCCCCCAGGUCCUCAUGGUCAUCAUGGCCCACAUGGUCCUCAUGGUCCUCUCAGACCUCCUCCAGGCCCUCCAGGCAUGGGUCCCCCACCACAAGGAAUGCGUGGGCCUCCACCACCCCCAGGCGGGCCACCACCUCCACCCCCUCCAUUCAAUCCAGUACCACCACCACCUCCUUCUGGAGGAGUACCACCACCUCCUCCUCCAAAAAAUUAAGUACAAACAAUAUGAAGAACUUUCAAGGAUUAAAUGUCAAUUUAAUAUUACAUUAAUACUUAUUAAUGCUGUUUAGUGUUAUUUUGAAUUUGGAAGGAGCAAGAUUGUUUGAAAACAAUUCACAUAUGUGAGCCCUUUUGUUGUAGUAGUACAGUGUACUGAGUUAUUUUAAUUAUAAAGGAAUCUUUUCA